GUAUAUGUCACGUGGAAAGCGCGCUUAAUUACAUAAUACCACAAUCAAAGAAAUACAUUGUGCCACACCCCCUUUUUUUUUCAACUUUUUAAAACUUUGUGCAUUAUCUUUAAAUUAAAAAAGUUCUGAAUUAUAAAUUACAAUUUAUUAUAUACACGAGCAAUUAAUGAAUAUAUAAAUAAUGCUCUUAGGAUUGUGGAAUUAUAUAUUAAUUCUAUAAAUUAACUAUGUUUGAAAAUAAAGCAGAUAAAUUAAGUAAUUUUCAUUGGAAUAUUGUUCAAAAUGACAGAAUAUUGGUUAAUAUCUGCACCAGGAGAUAAAACAUGUCAACAGACAUGGGAAACUAUGAACAAUUUAACAUCAAAACAACAUUCUUUAUCAGUUAACUAUAAAUUUCAUAUCCCAGAUUUAAAGGUGGGAACAUUGGAUCAAUUAGUUGGUUUAUCAGAUGAUCUAGGAAAAUUAGAUACCUAUGUUGAACAAAUAACACGCAAAGUAGCAACAUAUCUGGGAGAAGUUUUAGAAGAUCAAAGAGACAAACUUCAUGAAAAUCUUUUGGCUAACAAUAGUCAAACGUCAGUGGAUGGGGAGAGCUCGAGCCCCGAAGGGGGUCCGGACACCCCGCCAAACACCCCCGUCACCCCAUCACACAAGUCUUCAAAGGAGCAUCACAAGCAGUGGAAGGAAUCGGAGAAAUGUGAACCAGAACCAGCCGCCUGUUUAGGUGAUCUACCAUCAUAUAUAACUCGAUUCCAGUGGGACAUGGCAAAAUAUCCUAUCAAGCAAUCAUUAAGAAAUAUUGCUGAUAUUAUCAGUAAACAAGUGGGUCAAAUUGAUGCAGAUCUUAAAACUAAAUCUACAACAUAUAAUAAUUUGAAAGGAAGUUUACAAAAUCUUGAAAAGAAACAGACAGGAAGUUUAUUAACAAGAAAUUUGGCAGAUUUAGUGAAGAAGGAGCAUUUUAUUUUGGAUAGUGAAUAUUUAACUACUUUGCUUGUAAUUGUGCCAAGAGCAAAUUUCCAGGAUUGGUACAGUGGUUAUGAAAAAUUAACAAAAAUGGUAGUACCACGUACUACACAACUUAUUACUCAAGAUUCUGAAUAUGGAUUAUUUACUGUCACUUUAUUCAAAAAAGUUAUUGAAGAAUUUAAAUUACACGCUCGUGAAAAAAAAUUUAUUGUUCGUGAUUUUACAUAUAAUGAAGAAGAACUAGCAGCAGGAAAAAAUGAAAUAACGAAAUUGGUAACUGACAAAAAGAAACAAUUUGGCCCUCUUGUACGUUGGUUAAAAGUUAACUUCAGUGAAUGUUUCUGUGCAUGGAUUCAUGUUAAAGCUUUGCGUGUAUUUGUAGAAUCUGUUUUAAGGUAUGGAUUACCUGUGAAUUUCCAAGCAAUAUUGUUGCAUCCUCAUAGAAAAUGUGCAAGACGAUUACGUGAUGUUCUUAAUCAACAUUAUGCUCAUUUAGAUUCUUCUGCUACAGCAUCUUCUGCUGCUCAAGGAACUCAAGAUAGUGUGGAUAUACCAGGAUUAGGUUUUGGCCAAAAUGACUAUUUCCCUUAUGUAUAUUAUAAAAUCAACGUAGAUAUGGUUGACAAUAAGGUUUAAUUAUUAAAGACAAAUCUAUUUUCUUAAAUUUUAAAUAUUCUUUAAUUUACAUAACACAUACUUCUAUAACUCCAGGUAUUUAAAGCAGGUGCGUACGCAGUAGUUUUUUCUGUUUACAUGAAAUAUGUUUUAUUUUUUAAAAUUUUGUUAUUUUUGAUUUUCAAUAUAAAUCUAAUUAUCAUUCAUUCACUUGCAGGAGUAAAUUAAAUAUUUACUUAAAAAAUAUUUUUAUAAUAUUUUUAUAAUACAUCAAAUACCUGGAGAGAUGUAUGUACUUUGAUAUUAGCUCAAUAAACUAUGCAUAAUAGGAUGUACAAUCAUUUGUAUAAAUUUUAGCAAACACAUUUGAAUAUAUGUUGCAAAUUUUUUUUUAAAUGGGCUAUAUUUAAUUGAACAAGAUACUAAUAAAUCAAAUUCAUAAUAUAAAUAACUGCUUUUCAAAGAAAAUUAAAAUAUUGAAAAAUUUAUUGUUUCGAUUAUAAUAACGAUAUAUUGCUUAAAAUGUCUGUAUGUAAAUGUAUCAAAAUUCUUACAAUUAAAUAUAGCACAAUCUAUUUUACAUAGUACUACACAAUGAGCGGAAAAUAUUGUGCCAGAAUAGAAAUUCUGCAAUGUAUAAUUGUAGUAUUUUAUGUAUUGUUUAUAAAAUUAAGAUCAUUGUGAAUAUUGUUAUAAAAGAGAAAGUUCAUCUUGUUAUAAAAACAUAUGUCAUAAUAUCUGUUUUGAUUCAAAUGCUUUUACCAUGUUUAUUCAAUAAUUCUUCAUAAUGCUUAUAUUAUACAAAAAGUAACUAGUAAAAUAAGUAUUAUUCAAAUAUUAAAAUACAGUAAAUUUAUUUCAUUAAAUAUAAUGAAAAUAUAAUGUUUUAAUAAUGCAAAGUAUAUCAGAUACAUGCUAAUGUAUCAAAAUGUUAUUUAUUGAAAGUUAUAAAACUCCAGACACAUUAGUUUGACUCCUUAAAGUAUUAUUAUUAAUGUUAUAUUUUAAACUUUAGUAAUAUAUAAAAAAAAUUUCAUUGUAAAUUCAGUUCAAGUAUUAAAUUUUGAAAUUUUUAAAAGCUGCACAAAAAUAAAAAAUAAUAAUAAAAAACUGUUAUAGUACAUGUUAUUUAAACAGAUUGUAUUAUAAAUAUUUCGUGUAUAGAAAUGCUUUGCAAUAUUAUUUUAAUUCCUCGCUUAUAUCUUAUUUCUUUAAUAUUUUUAAUGUAUCAACAUAAAUUGAACUAUAUGUCUGAAUAUAUUCAAUUUUAUUUUGUACAUACAUAUUGAAAAUAGAGAAACGUUACAGGUAUAGUAAUAUUCUUUUUGAUUUAAUCAAAUGUAUUUUAAUCUAUGAAUUUAAAUUAAUUUUUUGUUUAAAGAAUUAAUUGUUAUCAGUAUUUCAAAGUACACCUGUAUUUCAAAUUGUUAUACGAUAUUAUUAUACGAUAAAGUAUUAAUUAAAAUAAAUAAAAUUUUAUCGUCAUUAAUUAAAUUUUAUAAAAAAAACGGUUUCCUAAGCGUUAAAUAAUAGAAAUAUGCAUUCUAUGUAUUAAAGAUGUAUCAUACUGAUAAUUUUGAAAAUGUAUUAUUUUAUAAAAUAUCAAAAUUAAUUAUAAUUAUAUUUAUAAUUUUAAAAUUUUAAUUGUAAAAAUAUUUCAGUUAGAGCGAUGACAAUAUUAGCUAAAUGUUAAACAAAAUAAAUGAAGAAAUUAAAUUUAAAUAUAUGUGAUCAAAAAAUUA